CGCAUCCAGCCCGAUACACAAAAUGGCGGACAUCAUCGAGCUGGGACCCGCCUACGCCAUGUCUCCGGUCCUGGCAGGCUUCCUGGGAGCUGGCGUCCUGGUUUUGGUCGUAGUGGUUCUGGUUCUGCUCUGGUCUUUCUGUCAGCGCCGUUACCUGCGCAUCUCUGGACGCUACAAGCUGCACGGCGACCGUUACUGCGACGCCGAGGACCCCCCCUACAAGUUCAUCCACAUGUUGAAGGGCAUCAGCAUUUACCCAGAAUCCCUCAGCAGCAGCAAGAGGAUCGUACGCAGCAUGCGCCGCGUGGAGCGCUCCGACCGCGAGGGAGAGCGAGGCUGCCCCGCCGCCACGGGGAGGGGCAUGGUGCUGGUGGACGCUGAGAACAACAUCCUGGACGUCCCGGGGCAGCUGCAGAUGAGUCACCUGGUCCCCCCCGCCGGGGCGGGCCCCGCCCUCAACCAGGCCCGGCUGGAGCGGGCUCUGCCGGUCCGCGCCGACUACUGCUGCCUGGACAGCUCAGCCAGCAGCAGCCAGACCAGCAGCAAGACCGCGUCCCCCUUCACCCCUGCGUCCUCGGAGCCCGAACCGGAGCCCAGCCUGGGGGCCAUCAGCCUCACCGUCGACUACAACUUCCCCAAGAAGGCCCUGGUGGUGACCAUCGUCGGGGCCCGGGGCCUCCCCGCCAUAGACGAGCAGGCGGGCAGCUCGGACCCGUACGUGAAGAUGACCAUCCUGCCGGAGAAGAAGCACCGUGUCAAGACCCGCGUGCUGAGGAAGACCCUGGACCCGCUGUUCGACGAGACCUUCACCUUCUACGGCGUGGCCUACAGCUCGCUGCCCGAGCUCACCCUGCACUUCCUGGUCCUCAGCUUCGACCGCUUCGCCCGAGACGACGUCAUCGGCGAGGCCGUGGUGCCGCUGAAGGGCGUGGACCCGAGCACGGGCCGAGUCCACCUGAGCCAGCAGAUCACCAAGAGGAACAUGCAGUGUGAGAGUCGUGGCGAGCUGCUGGCGUCUUUGUCCUACCAGCCGGUGUCUCACCGCCUCAGCGUGGUCGUCCUGAAAGCUCGACACCUCCCCAAGAUGGACAUCACCGGCCUGUCAGCCAACCCCUACGUGAUGAACGUCUUCUACGGCCGGAAGCGCAUCGCCAAGAAGAAGACCCACGUGAAGAAGUGCACGCUGAACCCGGUCUUCAACGAGUCCUUCAUCUACGACAUCCCGCCCGAGCUGCUGCCCGAGAUCUCCGUGGAGUUCCUGGUGGUCGACUUCGACCGGACCACCAAGAACGAGGUUCUGGGCCGCCUGUUGCUCGGGCUCCACAGCCGCCCCUCCGGAGCCUCCCACUGGAGGGAGGUCUGCGAAAACCCCCGCCGGCAGAUCUCCAAAUGGCACAACCUAGCGAGUACUGAGGCUGGGGGGGGGGACCAGCAAAACCAGCCCACACCACCUUCCUGGCUGGGACUCCACCAGUGAAACCACUGGGAAAUACAGACUCAGUGUACAGCACACACACACACACACACACACACACACACACACACACACACACACAGUUGUGAUCAUAGUGAAACUCUCUCUCUCUCUCUUCUAUCUCUCUCUUCCACCACUACAUUCGUCCUGUUCAUGACAGCGAAGAA